AAAUAAAAAACCAUCACCUAUUUCAUCUUGUACCGUCAUACAUCGCGUCUUGAAAACAUUUCCAUUCAGAAGAUAUUCCUUCAUUGUUGCGACGUAUUUGAAAGGUUUCAGUUAUCUUGCUUCAGCAGUUCAGCUUUAAAUAUGGUGAACAUUAUCGUUCUGCUUGUGGGAGCGUUGUGUCUAUGUGCUGGGCAACUUCUUCAGCCUGAAAACACACAAACAUUGAAUGUUUCUGUGAACGACACCAACAAAGAUAUGUACGUAGUGCAUGCUAUGGUAUAUCAGCUCGGAAUCAUAACAAACUCCACUGAUGACAAUGAUCUGAAAAACAGCACACACACUGGCGCCACCGAAGCCCUAACCUUCUACCACUCUAACGGCUCAAGCUUGGACCUGAACAAUAUUCCCCAGCAGCUGCUCCCGAACCUCACCGGCAAGGAAUUUGUGGCACCAGCCCUGGACCACCCCGGGGCGCUGCCCCCUGUGAACCUGGGGGACACCAAGGCCCUGCAUAUGCUGAACUUGAGCUCCUUUCAGUAGGGUUGUCAGAUAAUUUUUGUAGGGUGCAGAGGAUUGAUAUGGUGAUGUUACAAAAAUUAAAGAGGCUUUAAGCCAAUAUAUCAUAUCGGUAAAUGUAUAAGAUCUAAUAAUUGUAAGUUAUAAGCACAAAAAUUUAAACAACUGUUAAAAGAUAAAGUGUUUUCGUUACUUACUUCAAAUAGGCAACCAAAAAAUGCCAAAAAGCAUAUUUAACUUCUGUAGGGUUGGUGCAAGAAUUAAUAUGAAAUAGUAACUAAAUGUACCUAUCUGUAAUAAUUAAUUAAAUUAUCAUAAGUAUUUAUACUUACUUAUUACAAGUUUCUUUCCAUCCAUAGUUUACCCGUAUAAUCCUCAAUUCCUCACCCACCCCAACUGUAGGUACUUAUCUCCUUUUAUGUAAGUAUGGUCAUAUUCUCACCAUUAUAAUAUUUAUUUAAUAAUAGAUAAUUUUCAUGAAGCACGCCUAUUCUGUUCUGACCCUUACUCAAUGGAUGAGGUACCUAUAGAUAUAGUAUUACAACAACAUUGUUAAAUAAUAAAACAUCCCGGCUGCUUGCAACCCUAAGCCAAUUCACCCUUGCAGGCGACCUCAGAACUCCGAACCCCUCAGUUCAAUACGACUGCGCGCAUUAAACUUUCUCUUGCUCAAUAAUGACUUUACAAACUUAUGCACAACUACCUAUAGAAGUUCUAAUCUGGGAAAAUGCGGGAGGGUCGUAGCGCGCAUGCCCAGGGUAGGCGCAUGCGUGGUUCUAGUCCCUGAUGGUUGAAGCCACGGACAUGGUAUCCAGGGUUGCGGGCUUCGACCAUGAACUCACCAAAACUCGGUGAGCGGUGCCCGAGUAGCCUCAGCAACGGCAAGAAACAUCUGAGCAACGACUCCAAAGAAGACUCUUUAGAUAACUCGGUUCGGGAGUCGCUCAAGGAGCGCGGCAAGAAUGAGGAGGACUGGCGCCGGCGCACCAUCAUCAUCGAGAAGAAGAACGGCAGCUACGGGUUCACGCUGCAGAGCUACGGCAUUCACUAUAAAAAGGAGCAAGAGAUCGAGGUGAUAACGUAUGUGGACCACGUGGAGGCAGAGGGCGCGGCGGCGGCGGCGGGCAUGCGCGAGGGCGACGUGAUCCUGUCCAUCAACGGCGACGACGUGGAGCGCGCCGACCACGCCGCCGUCGUGGCCGCCAUCACCGCCUGCGACGCGCGCAUGCGCAUGGUCGUCAUCUUCGAGGACUGCGUGCGCAAGGUGGAGCUCCACCUCAAGUACAUCAACAUACAGCGCACCAUACAGACCAAGAUGCGCGAGCUCGAACAACUCACCAUCAAGGAGAGGCAGCUCUUUGACACCAACUGGAAAACGCACAGUCUACCCUCCCAGAAGAAGAAGACGUCCCCCGUCGACGCCAUAUCUGAUGCGGAGGACAAUGCCGAAAACGUCAACAACUCUUACUGCCGCCCCACUCUGUCCAGCGAGAACGUGACCGCCAAGCCGCCGCAUCACAACGUGUUCAUGUACCAGUACCUGGAUCCGCACUACGGAGGCUGCGUCAUACAGCCGAACCUGCGGACGGGGAGCUUCGUGAUCACGGUGGGGUCCCCGCGCACGCGCCGCGAUUGCCACCACUACGUGCUGAAGGCGCCCAGCGAGUGCCACCGCGCCAGCGAGCCGCACGGCGAGUACCGGUCCCCCAGCAACAAGCAGGCAAAGUCGCGCAGCCACGGCCACAGCUGCACCGCGUGCUUGCCCAACUACAACAGCCAGGAUAAUAGCCUGGAGACCUACGACUACGCUAGUCCUUGCUGUGACCCCCACUGUGUGCCUAACUCUAGGAAAAAAGUCCGUCGUAAAAAGGAAUGCAGUAAGGAACACAAGAAGAAAGAUAAAAGUCAGCAAACAAGCAAUAAACCGUCUCAAAAGAAUGAGAGUUGCUCACACGGGCGCUCGAAGAAAGUGUGUCCGUCUGCCCAUUGCUCAAGCCGCUACAGGUACCUGACGUCGGAGUCGACGCAGACGAGCCAGUGCAGCCUGCAGUCGUACGCCGCGGCCGAGACCUCCGCCUCCAGCUACAGCACCUCGCUCAGCAGCGACACGCUGUUCUGGGACAACGACCGCUCCGAGGCGAAAUCCUCGCCUAAGAUCCAGUACCAGAGCGUGCACCAACAAGUGAAGCCCAAGUCGUGGGACAACUUGACGACGAAGGCGUUCGGCGGGUACGGCUUCGGGUACGGGUACCUGGACACGUCGGCCAAGCACGCCAACCGGUCGAAGAGCCACGGGCGGCGCGAGAGCGGGCGCAGCACGGCGCAGAGUCACCACGAGUACGCGCCGGCGCAGGACAAGCGGCACGCGCACGCCGCCUACUCGCGCAGCCACAGCCACUGCGCGCCCACCAAGUCCACGGAGAGCCUCGUCGUGGUGCAGAAGUACCCGCUGGAUGGCGGCGGCGGCGGCUCGGAGUCGCGGCUGGCGUGCGACUGUGACGGCGCCGACUGCCGCCGCGGCCGCGACGCGCGCUCGCUCGGCUACUACACCCAGCACCUGGUCUACCCCACGCACGCCUACAGCAAGAAGAAGGACGCCAAUGUCAGCUCAGAAAUCACAAGGCUUUAACAAUAAACACACCAGCAAACAGCAAUAAUAACGUUAGCGCUCAAUAGAGGCCUUUAUGAUAAUUAGUAGAGAAUUUUAACGUUUUAUCUAUUUUUAAUGUAGUAUGAAAUAAGUAUAAUCUAAUAAUAUUUAAAAGCUUUUAUGUAUGUUUUAUAGUUUUUCAAUCAAGUAAUAAAAUAGUAAGCAUGG